CCCUCUCGAACCGGAAAAUUCUCGCCGCAACGGUCAUCGGCCUGGUUGCGAUAGUGGCAGUGGCCAUAGCAGUACCACUGGCCGUCAACUCAGGCGACGAUGACGACGGAAAAGCUGCCAAACAGAAUGCCUUCUUCGGUCGUACCGUGCUCGAUGAAGUGCCACUUAUCGACGGGCACAAUGAUUUACCGUACAAUCUGUACAGCUUCGAGCGCAACCGAAUCAACGAUUUCAACUUGGAUCGGGACCUGAAGGCCGAUCCCAAGUGGGGUAAUUCCAAGAGCAGCCACACGGACAUCCCGCGUUUGCUGGAGGGCAAAGUGGGUGCCCAGUUCUGGGUGGCUUAUGUGUCCUGCACCACGCAGUACAAGGAUGCGGUGGAGCGUACGCUGGAGCAGAUCGACGUCAUCAAACGGAUGGUCGCCCAGUACCCGAAGUACAUGAAGUACGUGACGUCGGCCGAUGGAAUCAUGCAGGCGUUCAAGGAGAAGAAGAUCGGCUCGCUGAUUGCCGUGGAGGGUGGCCACUCGAUGGAUUCCCGUUUGGCGAUGCUCAGAAUGUUCUACGAAUUGGGCGUCCGUUACAUGACGUUGACGCACACGUGUAACACCCCGUGGGCGGACGCCUCUCCGGUGGAUGGAAACAGUACGGCUGUGCUGAAGAACGUCACCGAAUGGGGCAAGAAUGUAAUCUGGGAAAUGAACCGGCUGGGGAUGCUGAUCGACGUUUCGCACGUCAGCCACGGAGUGAUGGUAGAUGUGCUGACGGAAACCAAGGCGCCGGUUAUUUUCAGUCACUCCUCGUCCCAUCAGGUGUACCCGCACCACCGUAACGUUCAGGACGAUGUGCUUAAGAUGCUGAUCGAUAACAACGGGAUCAUCAUGGUGAACUUCUACACUUCGUUUAUCGGAGGGAAAACUAUUGAUUAUGUUAUACAUCACCUGAACUACAUCAAAUCGGUUACGGGCCCGGACCACAUUGGCCUGGGUGGAGAUUACGACGGUGUCGAUAGUACCCCGGAAGGCCUAGAGGACGUCUCCAAGUAUCCGGAUUUGUUCGACAUGCUGGCGAACGGGGCCUACACCAAUGGAACCACUUUCGAGCCUUGGAGUCGUGACGAUCUACAGAAGUUGGCCGGACUGAAUUUGUUGCGGGUGUUCCGCGAGGUUGAGAAGGUUCGCGAUACGAUGGCGAAGGUCAGUCCGUAUGAGGAUUUGAUCCCGUACCAGGAGUUUGUCGACGCGGGAGUGGAAGAUCAGCCGUGCAUGAGCGAUAUGGAGAUCCACAAAAGCUAGUUGGGCUUGGAAUGGUCAUCAAAUAGGAUUUUAUAAUUUUGAUUGUUAAUUUUAACUUGUUUUACAGAGCAGAGGCUAUUUGUAGUGGUUGUUGUACUAAUACACACAUUUAUUAUACAUAGUAUAAUGGGGCAGAAUAAAGAUCAAAAUUGUCCACUA